AUGAAACUCUUUUACAUGUUCAUGAUGAAUCUCCUAUUGUUUAUUACUCUUACAGAAUCAUCAUCAUCUUCAUGCAACAUUGAAAACCAGAAUCUUAUAUCAAAGGCUUUCCAAUCUGUCUCUGGAUUCAACUCUUCAUUCUUCCAAACAAGAGGCUUAUUCAUCUGUUCAAACGGUGAGAGUGAGAAUGUGAUUAACAUCAUAAACCUUCCAUCCAAAAACCUAACCGGAAACAUCUCAUGGAGAUACCUAAGAAACAUGACAAACUUAGAGAUUCUCGAUCUCUCCGAAAAUUAUCUACAAGGUCAAGUCCCAAACUGGUUCUGGAAAACCACUUCAUCUAGUUUAUCGACAGUGAAUCUCUCCAACAACAGAUUCGGUGGAAGCAUUGCAUUCGAAAUGAAACCCUUUUCAUCAUCACUACAAAAUCUCAAUCUCUCAAACAACAGAUUCACAAACCAGGUUCAUCUUUCGUCUUUUCAAAACCUUAAAAUCCUCGACCUUUCCAACAACAACCUCAACACUUUACCUUCAGGACUUCAAAAUCUCACGAAACUUAACCACCUCGAUCUCUCAAACUGUAACAUCAAAGGAAACAUAAAACCCAUUUCUCAUCUCACUUCACUCUCUUUCUUAAACCUCUCGAACAAUACCUUAAACGGCACUUUCCCUUCUGACUUUCCACCUCUCAACAACCUUAAAUUCCUCAACAUCUCAAACAACAACUUCAAAUCUUCAUCUCCAUUAUACAAACUAAUCAAAAGAUUCGGAAAAGCAUCGUUCAUUCACGCAGGUAACAAUUUCGAUUCCAACAACAACCUCAACGCAUCCAAAACACCAAACAUUCAUUCAAAAUCAAACCUAUCACACCACGACCACCACCGCCAACAACCACAACAACAACAACUCCACGUGAAAAAAACCAAACAAAAACACAAACACAAGUCAAAGUCAAAAUCAAAAACCAUGAUCAUCAUCGUAGCAGUCUCCUCAGUUUCAACAUUCAUUCUUGUCGUAUUAUCCAUAUUAGCAAUCUUCGGUUACAGAAAGAAAAAACAACAAGCAAAAAAGAACAAAUGGGCAAUCUCAAUAUCAAAACCAGUGAUAGGAUUAACAACAACCCUCAAAUCAGGACCGUUCGAAUUCGAAACCGAAUCCGGAACAUCAUGGGUGGCUGAUCUGAAAGAGCCAUCUUCUGCAGCAGUAGUAAUGUUUGAGAAACCAUUGAUGAACAUCACUUUCGUUGAUCUCAUGACUGCCACGUCAUACUUCGGAAAAGAUUCACAGCUUGCUGAAGGUAGAUGUGGGCCCGUUUACCGUGCGGUUUUACCUGGUGACAUACACGUGGCAAUCAAGGUUCUUGAAAAUGCGAGAGACGUUGAUCAUGAUGACUCUGUUGCAACUUUCGUUGACUUGUCUCAGAUCAAACAUCCCAAUCUUUUGCCUCUCUCUGGUUACUGUAUUGCAGGGAAGGAAAAGCUAGUUUUGUAUGAGUUUAUGUCAAACGGAGAUUUAGGCCGGUGGCUACAGGAAUUACCGACGGGAGAGACUAAUGUGGAGGAUUGGAGCACUGACACAUGGGAGAUUCAAAACGGCUUAGGUUCGCGAACUCCGUCACCGGAGAAAAUGGGGUGGCCAACGCGACACCGUAUCGCUAUAGGUGUCGCGCGUGGUCUAGCUUUCCUCCACCAUGCAGGAUCAAAGCCUGUCGUCCACGGCCAUUUGGUAACGUCGAACGUGCUCCUCGCCGAUGACUUUGAGCCACGAAUAGCCGAUUUCGGGUUUAGGAAAUUCGGACAACAAUGUCCUCCAAAUUGCAGCACUGAAACGGAUGUUUAUUGCUUCGGUGUGGUGCUUAUGGAGCUUCUAACGGGGAAGCCUGGUACGGCGGAGACAGUUGUUUGGGUGAGGAAGCUCGUAAGAGAGGGGCAUGGAGUAAGGGCACUUGAUGAUAGGAUUAAACUCGGUGGUGGUGACUCAGAGAGUCAAAUGGUGGAGAGUCUCCGAGUUGCGUAUCUAUGUACUGCUGAGUCGCCGGGGAAGAGGCCUACAAUGCAGCAAGUUUUGGGGCUUCUCAAAGAUAUUCAUCCUAGAGCUAGACUUGACUGA